AUGCUGUCUCAAUCCAAUAUCUCCUCAAUAGUAGUUACCUAUGUCUGCACGUUCCUCUCUGCCAUCUUAAUAGUCACCCGCCUCCUCUUUCGCUUCCACCGCGGCGAACGAAUGUACACGGACGACACAUGGAUGGGAAUAUCGUUGGCUCCAUUAUUUAUCAGAUUGGGCAUAAUACACAUGGUGCUAGUCUAUGGAACAAAUAAUAUCGACUUUGAUAAGAUUAAUGUGAUGGGUAUGAGUGAGGAGGAAAUGCAUCGAAGGGUGGUGGGAAGCAAGUUGAUCUUGGCUAGUAGAGUAUUUUACGCUGGAUUUCUGUGGUGUAUGAAAGUUUGUAUUUUGGGAUUCUAUGAGCGCCUGACGGCUAGGUCAAAACCGUAUGGUCUGCUUAUCGAUUUUACGUACUUGACCUGCGGGAUCACUUUCAUUGCGGUGAUACUUGGGACCGUACUUGAAUGCCGCCCCUUUCCUGUAUAUUGGCAAAUGUCGCCAUAUCCUGGAGAGUGUGUGAAAGCUGUCGCGCAGCUAUUAACCAUGGCAACUUUCAACAUACUGACUGACGCAAUGCUCAUCCUCAUUCCUUUACCCAUGGUUUUCAAAUCCAGACUUCCUCUCAUCAGGAAGAUUCAACUCCUAGUCCUCUUUGGCCUCGGAUUUUUCGUUAUGGCUGUUACAAUUGUCCGUCUGCCAGUUAUCAUUGGUGAUCAGUCCGUGCAGAAGGCACGUACACUAUGGGCUUCAAUUGAGUGCUUUGUGGCCUGCGUAGUCGCAAAUGCGCCAGUUCUUAACUCGUUCAUACAAAAAGUGCGCAAACACGCAGCCACUGAACACAACCAAUACCAACUCAACUCUUCAUAUGCGAGACGACGACGUAUGCCUGUAACGGGUCAAGAUAGUGUUGGAUCCCUGACGAGGAAUGAUGAAAUGAUAUCUGUGAUUGAGACUCGGACAGAGGUAGUCCAGAAGAUAGAUAUCAAUCUCGACGAGUCCAUGAGCCGGUCGAGAUCGAAGAAAUCGCCAUGGCGGGGAGACUUUUUGGGAACACAGAUUUGGACAGAGUCCGAGACGGAGACGGAAAACUUGUAUUCUUACCCGCCUAGAGUGGUCCUGAAGACGGAUAGAUCCGGAUCUGUUUAA